GCCGAGGGCGCGGGGCGGAGCGGGCAUGGCCCGCCGGGAUGCCGCCGCGCUGGCGCUGAUCCUCGCGCUCCUGACGGUGGUCCUGGCCGGGGCCGGGGCCGGGGCCCAACGCGCAGCCGUCGAGGACCCCGACUACUACGUGCAGGAGGUCUGGAACCGGGAGCCUUAUUACGCACGCCCGGAGCCCGAGCCCAAGCCUGAGCCCUUCUCGCCGCCGCUGCCCCCGGGGCCAGGGAAGGAGGAGCGGGAACCGCGCCCGCCCGAGCCCAGGCCGCCCAAGAAGGCGGCCAAGCCCAAAAAAGCUCCCAAGAAGUUGGCUCCGGAGACGCCUCUCCCAGGUAAAAAUAGCAACAGAAAAGGCAUGAGAACCAAGAGCUUUGAGAAGGCUGCCAGUGAUGAUCACAGCGUCCCGGUGGCCCGUGAUGUGGUCAGAGAGGGUUGCCCACCCCUUGGUCUGGAAACCUUAAAAAUCACAGACUUCCAGCUCCAUGCGUCCACUUCGAAGCGCUACGGCCUGGGGGCGCACCGAGGGAGACUGAACAUCCAGGCGGGUAUUAAUGAAAAUGAUUUUUAUGACGGGGCCUGGUGCGCAGGGAGGAAUGACCUCCGUCAGUGGAUUGAAGUGGACGCCAGACGUCUGACCAGAUUCACUGGUGUCAUCACUCAAGGGAGGAACUCACUCUGGCUGAGUGACUGGGUGACCUCCUAUAAGGUCAUGGUGAGCAAUGACAGUCAUACGUGGGUCACUGUUAAGAACGGAUCCGGAGACAUGAUAUUUGAAGGAAACAGUGAAAAGGAGAUCCCUGUCCUCAACGAGCUGCCCGUCCCCAUGGUGGCGCGCUACAUUCGCAUAAACCCGCAGUCCUGGUUCGACAACGGGAGCAUCUGCAUGAGGAUGGAGAUCCUCGGCUGCCCACUGCCGGAUCCAAAUAACUAUUAUCACCGACGGAACGAAAUGACCACCACCGACGACCUGGAUUUUAAGCAUCACAGCUAUAAGGAAAUGCGUCAGUUGAUGAAGGUGGUGAAUGAAAUGUGCCCCAACAUCACCAGAAUUUACAACAUCGGCAAGAGCCACCAGGGCCUGAAGUUGUACGCCGUGGAGAUCUCCGACCACCCUGGAGAGCACGAAGUCGGUGAGCCCGAGUUCCACUACAUCGCGGGGGCCCACGGCAACGAGGUGCUGGGCCGGGAGCUGAUGCUUCUGCUGAUGCAGUUCCUGUGCCAGGAGUACCUGGCGGGGAACGAGCGCAUCGUCCACCUGGUGGAGGAGACCCGCAUCCACAUCCUCCCCUCCCUCAACCCCGACGGCUACGAGAAGGCCUAUGAGGGGGGCUCGGAGCUGGGAGGCUGGUCCCUGGGACGCUGGACCCACGACGGAAUUGACAUCAACAACAACUUUCCAGACUUAAACACACUGCUCUGGGAGGCUGAGGACCGGCAGGGCAUCCCCAGGAAAGUUCCCAAUCACUAUAUUGCAAUCCCUGAGUGGUUUCUGUCUGAAAAUGCCACGGUGGCGGUGGAGACCCGGGCCGUCAUAGCCUGGAUGGAAAAAAUCCCCUUUGUGCUGGGCGGCAACCUGCAGGGGGGCGAGCUGGUGGUGGCCUACCCCUACGACAUGGUGCGGUCGCUGUGGAAGACGCAGGAGCGCAGCCCCACGCCCGACGACCACGUGUUCCGCUGGCUGGCCUACUCAUACGCCUCCACCCACCGCCUCAUGACAGACGCCAGGAGGAGGGUGUGCCACACGGAAGACUUCCAGAAAGAGGAUGGGACUGUCAACGGGGCUUCCUGGCACACUGUGGCCGGAAGUCUCAACGAUUUCAGCUACCUUCACACAAACUGCUUCGAGCUGUCCAUCUACGUGGGCUGUGAUAAAUACCCGCACGAGAGCCAGCUGCCCGAGGAGUGGGAGAAUAACCGGGAGUCCUUAAUCGUGUUCAUGGAGCAGGUUCACCGCGGCAUCAAAGGCUUGGUGAGAGAUUUGCAUGGCAAAGGAAUUCCAAAUGCCGUUAUCUCGGUAGAAGGCAUUAACCAUGACAUCCGAACAGCCAAUGAUGGGGAUUACUGGCGCCUCCUGAACCCUGGAGAGUAUGUGGUCACAGCCAAGGCAGAAGGUUUCACUUCAUCCACCAAGAACUGCAUGGUCGGCUAUGACAUGGGGGCCACGAGGUGCGACUUCACACUCAGCAAAACCAACAUGGCCAGGAUCAGAGAGAUCAUGGAGAAGUUCCGGAAGCAGCCCAUCAGCCUGCCAGCCAGGCGGCUGAAGCUGCGGGGGCGGAAGAGACGACAGCACUGGUGACUUCCCAACUCUUGAGUCAUGUCCUGGACCCCUGCAAAUUAAACCACCCUGGUUGUAGCUCCGUAGAGGACUACAACAACUCCUUGUUGUUUUCUCUGUAAUUCAAGAAGGCCUGGGGGAAUGUGUGCAUUGCAAGGCUGGUCCUGAGGGGAGGCUUAGGAUAUUUUCUUUGUUCCCAUUUAUCCAAAUAACUUGGACACAGCAGCAGAGGAGGGCUGGUGAGGGUGAGAGAAUUCAGCAAGUCAGCUUGGGAGUCGAGAGAGAGAGGAGCUUACCAGUUGAGGCGUCCUGGCUGCACAAGGGAAACUGAUGCUUCUCCUGUUUGCGUGACAGCAAGAGUUGCCUAUUCAUUUGCAAUUUGCACGGCUACAAUGGCAGCAGCAUUCCCAGGGCUCUGCUGUCCCACAUGUGACCAUUUGAGAUGCCCAUGGGCAUUCUAAGAGAAUCUACCCUCUCUGGCCCCGGGACAUUCCAAGCUGCUGCAAAUAAAUCCUGCAGUCUGUUGACAAUAGAGACAUUACCAAGUGAGCAUUAGUCAGCCUCUCGAAUCAGCUUAGUUUCCCUUUCAACAAAGGAUCAUGCUCAUAAAAGGAGAGAAAGGCUGAAAUAAUUCAAGAGUGAGAGUGGGCAGCAAGCGGGCACUGGGGCUUGUGGCAUGCAUGCUGGGUCCACGGAGAACCCCCCAAACUCCCUGCUGCUACAGUAGCUCUAGGGGUUCCCUGGACGGGGAGAGCAGGAGAUGCAAGCCUUCUUAAGGAACCAGAUCAGUUAACCUGGCUCUCCUCUUUGACCUGAGAGGACUUGAAAAGAGCUGGAAGGAGGCUGUAACAAUACAUUCCUCCUUUCCUGGAAACGAGCACCCCUAAGCUGGCCUGACAUCACUCUGGGAGUUAUUUUUGGUGUGUGGGAUGCCAGACCCUCUAGAUUCGGCUCCAUUUGAUGAAAAGCUCUUAGAAUUAUCUGUGAGCAUCAGUGUGGGAGGGGUUAUUGCAUCGCCGAGCAAGAAAACAAUGUGUCUCACUUUUUAUUCGUGUUGCUGCCUCACUGACCUGGGAAGACUAGAAAAAUAAAGAAAGCAAAUAGUAA